AUGACAAAUGCUUUGCAAGCCAAAAGUAAAUAUGGCUUUGUUGAUGGAUCCAUUACACGUCCAUUAUUUGGAGCACAAGAGGAAUCUGCAUGGAUUAAAUGCAAUUCAAUGGAAGAACGUCAACAAUUAAUAGUGGAUUCCAAAUUACCAUCCAUUGAAGCGGUAACUUUCUUUAGCAACAACUCAAAGGCUAAUACCAAUCGAAAAUCCACAAGCAGUCAAGAUCUCUCCAAACUAUUUUGUGAACAUUGCAAAAAGUCAAGGCACAUUAAAGAGACUUGUUUUGAGCUCCAUGGCUAUCCUGAAUGGUGGGAGAAAGGCAAGAAAUCAUCUAAACCAAAGGCAGCCAACAGUGCACAACAUUUGGAGAAAGAUGAAGGCAACACUAGUACUGUCCUGAUUGUUGGAUUAACAAUUGAGCAAUACGCUCAACUCAUAUCCAUGCUAACCUUGAAAAGAGUCAAACCUCUACAGCCAAUUUUGCAGGAUUUACCCAUGAGGAAGCUGAUUGGAAUGGCUGAAAUGCGAGAUGGACUUUAUCAUUUUCAUGCAAUAAAAAAUUAUACAGCAGCAACCGCCGCUACCCAAACUUCUUCAGUCACACCACAUGACAUCAACGUAUUGGAUAUUUGUCUUUUGAUAGGAUGUAUAUUCUUAAAGAUUUAGGUCCAUUUUCUUUUAAGUUUUUCAAUAAAUGUUGCGAC